UUAUUGACACUAAUGAGCAAGUUCUUCCCACCGCUCUCCUGCCUGGAAGUGCUGACAGAUCAAGGCAACAAAUUUCAAUUACAAUCCCUAAUUUGUGUCCGCAGAGUGUUUUUUACCCAUGUUAGCCCUUUCUGGCGCAUCAGUCGAGGCAGAUCUUGGAGCAGCAGGAGGAGGUGGAGGGGGUGGGAGCGAAGGAGUGCAUCAGUGAGAGAGCGCCAGAAAGACUGAGGGAAGGAAACUUGGCCGUCUCGUCGCUGGUUCCUCGGAUCCCAACACCAGCGAGAAAGAGGAAACGACAAAUUUCUUUUUGCCCGCGGCAGGGAAGGGGACAGAUACCGAAGACCCCCCCAAGAACUGUUCCGUUUUUUGGUGGGGCAAGGAGAGCGAGUGUGUGCGUGUGCCCGCGUGAGUGUAUAUGAGAGAGGGGCGGGCGGGCACCGGGCGGAGGGGAUGGCCGAGAAGCGAAGGGGCUCGCCGUGCAGUAUGCUAAGUCUCAAGGCGCACGCCUUCUCUGUGGAGGCGCUGAUCGGCGCCGAGAAGCAGCAACAGCUUCAAAAGAAGCGGCGAAGGUUGGGCGCGGAAGAGGCGGCCGGGCCCGCGGACGACGGAGGCUGCAGCCGUGGAGGUGGCGCGGGCGAAAAGAGCUCCUCAGAGGGAGAUGAAAGCGCUGCGCACCCACCGCCAGCUGGAGCGGCGUCCGGGCCAGCCCGGAGCUGCACAGACUUGGAGCCGAGCUGUGGGUCCCGAGGAGCUGCUGGCGGCUGUGAGGACGGCUUUCUGCCGGGCGCUUCCCCGCUGGCGUCCCCUGGAGGCUCCCCAAAAGGGUCCCCCGCGCCUGUCCUGGCCCGGCCAGGGACCCCGCUGCCCUCUCCCCAGGCGCCGAGGGUAGAUCUGCAAGGAGCAGAACUCUGGAAGCGCUUUCACGAGAUUGGCACCGAGAUGAUCAUCACCAAGGCGGGCAGACGCAUGUUUCCAGCAAUGAGAGUGAAGAUCUCUGGAUUAGAUCCUCACCAACAAUACUAUAUUGCCAUGGAUAUUGUGCCAGUGGACAACAAAAGAUACAGGUAUGUUUACCACAGCUCUAAAUGGAUGGUAGCAGGUAAUGCUGACUCCCCUGUGCCACCCCGGGUGUAUAUUCAUCCAGACUCACCUGCCUCCGGGGAGACUUGGAUGAGACAAGUGAUCAGCUUCGACAAGCUGAAGCUCACCAACAAUGAACUGGAUGACCAAGGCCAUAUUAUUCUUCAUUCUAUGCACAAAUACCAGCCACGAGUUCACGUGAUUCGCAAAGACUGUGGAGAUGAUCUUUCUCCCAUCAAGCCUGUUCCAUCUGGGGAGGGAGUGAAGGCUUUCUCCUUUCCAGAGACAGUCUUUACAACGGUCACCGCCUAUCAGAAUCAGCAGAUUACUCGCCUUAAGAUAGAUAGGAAUCCAUUUGCCAAAGGCUUCCGAGACUCUGGGCGAAACAGGAUGGGUUUGGAAGCCUUGGUGGAAUCGUAUGCAUUCUGGAGACCCUCACUGCGGACCCUCACCUUUGAAGAUAUUCCUGGAAUUCCCAAGCAAGGCAAUGCAAGUUCCUCCUCCUUACUGCAAAGUACUGGGAAUGGUGUUCCUGCCACCCACCCUCACCUUUUGUCUGGCUCCUCUUGUUCCUCUCCUGCCUUCCAUCUGGGGCCCAACACCAGCCAGCUAUGUAGUCUGGCCCCAGCUGACUAUUCUGCCUGUGCCCGCUCAGGCCUCACCCUCAACCGAUACAGCACAUCCCUGGCCGAGACCUACAACAGGCUCACCAACCAAACCAGCGAGACAUUCGCCUCGCCCAGGACUCCCUCCUAUGUAGGUGUGAGCAGCAGCACCUCAGUGAACAUGUCCAUGGGAGGCACUGAUGGAGACACCUUCAGCUGCCCACAGACCAGCUUGUCCAUGCAGAUUUCAGGAAUGUCCCCUCAGCUCCAGUACAUCAUGCCUUCACCCUCCAGCAAUGCCUUUGCUACUAACCAGACCCACCAGGGUUCAUAUAACACUUUCAGGUUACACAGUCCCUGUGCCUUAUAUGGAUAUAACUUCUCCACAUCCCCCAAACUGGCUGCCAGUCCUGAGAAAAUUGUUUCUUCCCAAGGAAGUUUCUUGGGGUCCUCACCAAGUGGGACCAUGACUGAUCGACAGAUGUUGCCCCCUGUGGAAGGAGUGCACCUGCUUAGCAGUGGGGGUCAGCAGAGUUUCUUUGACUCUAGGACCCUAGGAAGCUUAACUCUGUCAUCAUCUCAAGUGUCUGCACAUAUGGUCUGAUGAAGUCUUUAAGUUAAAUCCAUUUGAAUCUGUCUAAUGUAUUUUUUAUCUUCUUUUUCUUUUCUUUUUUAAAGCAAUAUGGAAAGUAACUAUCUGUAACUUGUAAAAUAUGCACAUAAUAGAAUAUUAAGUUUCCCUGAGGUUUUUCACUUUCUCAUGGUGAGACUGUAAUUAUCUAUAGUGUAUGUGGAUACUGUAUAUACAUAGCAUGUGGCAUAUUUAAGCCCCUUUUAUAUCCUCCUGUUCACCCAGUUGCUGAGUAUUGGCAUUCAUACAGUAUGUUUAAUGAAAAUUCUCAGACUUUUUAAAAACCAAAAUGGUAAACUUAAAACUUGGCAGUGAUACUAACCAGAUGAAGAUUUGUAACUUAAUUUAUCAGAAAAAUGUUCUGAACAAUUUCAAAAUUGAGUGUUGAUAACCAGAAGUAAUCAUUAUAUAGAAUCUUAUGAUUUCUGUUAUUCUUAAACAUAGUGGGAGAAUCUAAAAUGCAAAAGCCAGUUGAAGUGUUAGUAUUAGUUCUGAGGUAUUUGUAAUUAUGAAGGAUUAGCUUUUACAUUCCUGCUUAUUCUUAUUUGCCACAGAUAUUAUAUGACCUCAGGUCUAUAAAAUUUAUAACUCAUAUAAUUUUAAUGUUUUGAUGGAAGGUGGAGGAGGAUUGUGAUUUGUUUUUCACUUUUCAUUGGUCAUACAAGAGGUACUUACUCAUCGGCAGAGAAUAAAUUUCUAGUAUUUAAGAUUUUUUGAUCAUCUUAUUUACUUUAUCAAAUAGGCCAUUGAAAACUGUUCUGUAAACAUUUUUAAAUUCCAGUAUUCACCAGGGAAAGAAUAUAUGAUAUGAGUGGCAGCAAAAAGAAAAUAAAUCCACCUCACAUUCUUUGAUUCCAAUGAGAAACGUUUAUAUUUCUAAUUCUUGAGGAAUAAUUUUAUCAACUAUCCCUUAGAUUUUUUUUUGUUGUUGUUGUUGCUUGGUUUUUCAUUUAAGAUAUUUUUUUUUUCUAUGUUGCUUUGAGCAUCCUGACCCAUGGUUUAUGAGUAAGGAAAAGACAUUUAUGCUACUUAUUUAUGUCUUACAACUCUUGCAAAUUGGAACUCCCCCUUUCCUUCCUUAACCAUAUCCUUCUGUCUUGAGUUUUUCAAAACAAGCAGGUCUUAGGCCUUUAUGGUGUUAAAGCUGCAAGGAAUUUUCAGAGGGUUAUCUGACAAUCUGUCUUGUGGGUGUUGUAGUCAAAAGCUAAAGCCCAUUACCAAAAAGGCCCUCUUGAAGGACUAAGGAGGAAGAUACUAAUUAUGAUAAAGGAACUAUAAAACUUUUAACCUCAAUAGCAUUUUUAGCCUUGGAAGUAAACAAAUAAAAGCAGCAGUACUUUUUUUUUUUUUGUUUUAAAGCCCCUAAAUAAUGUAUAUAUGGUUUAAGAGUUCAAAACAACAUUUCUUGAACAGUUUCUUGGGAUAAAAAAUAUUUAUGAGGUAAAUAGAAAAGGCUAAGAAUGCAUGAUAAAAUGCAUUAACCUUCUGCUGAGAAACUAAAAUGAUAUAUCUGACUGACUUAUUCAUUACACAUCAUAUAUAUGACAAGCAAAAAGAGCGUUUCCUUUCAUUGCUUAAUCAAAUGGCUGUAACUCAUCUUUAGUUUAAUGUAUGGAGGGGAUAUAACUUCUGAUUUGCUUCUUUAAAAUAACACCAUUAUUAGAUAUUUAGGGUAACUUAGUGUUUGAACAGAAUUUGCACAGGGUUUGACUCUGUUUAUAGAUACUGACAAAUUUCUUCAUGGAUUCUGUAAGCAGUUCAUCAAAUUAAUAUUGAUUUUAAAUUUCAAAUUAUCACUAAAGGGCAUGAACUAUUUGUAAUAAGUAGACCUAUACAAUAAGCUUUUCCUGUGUACAAUAGUAAUAUCAGGACAAAUACUUGGAAAAGGGCUUUAAUAAUAAGUUUAUCCCAGCCUUAGUGCUUUGUGUAAUUCAAGGAGAAUAUUUUUCCAUUUUGAAAAACAUAGAAAGUAAUGCUUUAUACCCAUAUGUAUUAGUAAGUAGAGCAUUUUUCUUUUUUCUGUCGGUAAUUUGAGAUGACACCACAAUAUGAGUAGAAUUUUUAAAUAAUUUUUGGUAAAAUUUAUCGAUUUUGUACAAAUGCUAUUUCCAUUAGAUUUUACUGUAAAUAUUAAUUACCAUGUUAUGUCAAAGACUAACCUUUUAUUGUUAUAUUAAAUGAAAUACAUACAUUGAUAAUUAUAAGUACAUAUCUGUAUUUUAUUAAAAAAUGCUUAAGAAAUUA